AUGGGCAUCGCUCGAGAGCGGGAAGAAGAUUUUGAUCAGACUCCAGAUGUACCGAAGCUAAAGAAGAGGCCUUCGUCGGCUAUAAUGGGCAUUUCAAGAUCGAUCGCUGCCUGCAAGAGAUGCCGGAUGAAAAAAGUUAAAUGUGAUCAGAAGUUUCCGAGCUGUUCGAAAUGUGUGGCUGCAGACGAACCCUGCGUUUCGGUUGAUCCUGCUACGGGGAAAGAUGUCCCACGUUCUUAUGUUAUUUACCUGGAAGACCGUGUUGAGAUAAUGACCAAGAAACUUCUGGAAUUGGGGGUUGAUGCUUCGGCCCUUCAGGGUAAUAUUCCAGCAACCAGUGAGGACAGGCCUUGCGAUGUCAGCUAUUUUGAGGAAAAGAUGAGAGCGGAGCACAAAGUGCCGGUGGAUAACGCUAUGGCGGGCUAUAUUAUCAACAAUGGUACCUCUAUGCGGCGAGGUGUAUCCACAGAAGAUCGUAGUUCGCAACGCACAAUGUCAAGCAUCGGGAGCGACAAAUCCAAUGCCGCUUCUCCAAUUCUCUCAGAGUUGAGCGAGUCGAGCCGAAAUCUUGCAAGUCUAAGUGCAAUGAAACACAUCAAGAAAAAAUCUCCUCUGAACAGCGCGUCAAAUUCGUACCUAGGCGACUCAUCGGGAAUUCCUUUUGCAAAACUAAUGUUUACCGCUGUGAACUUUCAACCGGAGGAAGUUCAAGACGAUUCUGAACCAGAACACUUAGAGACGUCCUCCAAAGUGAAUUUCGAACUAUUACAUUUGCCACCGAAGCAUGAGGCUGAGGAGCUGGUCUCCCAAUAUUUUGCGCUUUGCAACUCGCAAUUGCCAAUAUUGCAUCGAGAGCAUUUCCUAAAGAAGUAUUUCGAGCCUAUUUACGGCACGCUGAGUGAGAAUGUCUCAUUGGCAUCAGAUUAUACUAGGAUCAAUAAGGACUUCAAACUUUCUAGCGCGGAAGAUAGUGCUAAAGAUAGUUCCGACAUCCCAUUAUUUGAGUGGCUGUCGCAAUACAAUGGUGACGAAGAGGUAUCUGAUAGAUUCCAUAUUCCACUUUUUUUCAUCAACAUGAUAAUGGCCAUUGGAUCUUCUGCUCGAUUUCUGGAUACAAAAGAAGCAACAUCAGUUACUUUUAAAGAUCGUGCGUCGUAUUUUAUGGAGGCUCUUUUCUGCUCUACUGAUAGGUUAGAAGCUCUUGCUGGAACUCUUCUGAUUGCAGAAUAUUCCAUAAUGAGGCCCAAUGUACCUGGAGUAUGGUAUACAAUGGGAUCUGCGCUGCGUUUAGCUGUAGAUCUCGGGUUACAUGCCGAAAAGUUGAACAGAAAUUAUGAUCCUUUCGUUCGCGACUAUCGCCGUCGACUCUUCUGGUGCACUUAUUCUUUAGAUCGUCAAAUAUGUGCUUAUUUUGGGAGGCCAUUUGGGAUCCCAGAAGAAAAUAUAAGUGCAGAAUUUCCCAGCAGCUUAGAUGACGGAUUGAUAACUACGGCGGCUGAUAAUAUUGAAGACUACUCUUUGAUCAAGAGCACUGUUGUCUCGUAUAAAUCAAUUUCAUUGGCGUUCUUUAAGAUACGAAAAAUCCAGGCUCAGAUAGUACAAGUGCUUUAUGCGCCCAAAGGCGCGCUCCCCAAAGAGUUCGAAAAUCUCGAACAAUGGAGGUUUAUUAUGGAUCAUGAACUUAACAAUUGGUAUACUAAAGAAAUACCAAAAACGCACAGGAAAAUGAACUGCAUCUUUAAGCCAGAUUUGUUUCAACUAAAUUACCACCACACGAAAGUGAUGCUUUAUGGCCUCUGCCCAAAAAUAUCACAUCUGGAUCGACGUGCACACGAGGCUGUUUACGAGUCUACUAAAGGUAUCAUAGAGGCCUACUACAAAUUAUGUGUAGCCAAAGACAUUAAUUACACUUGGGUGGCAGUUCACAAUUUAUUCAUGGCCGGUAUGACUUUUUUGUAUGCUGUACACAACGCGGAUAAGAGCAUAGUGGAUAACGUUCACGAGCUACAUCGAUGGUGCGAAAAGCUUAUGUAUGUCCUCAAGUGUCUGAUUGGAACGUGCGACGCUGCCAAAAAUUGUCACAAGAUUUUCAAGGUGCUAUCUGCUGUUGUUCUUCAGCUCAAGGCAAAAAAGAACGCCGAGUUUGGCUCGGGCGGACCCACCAGUUUCCAACCAAUUCAGGAAGAGCAUCCCGAAGCAGCACCUGUCCAUGAAACGAAAGAGGAGGAUCUUGUUCAACCCCUUGAGUCCUUUGCUCCUUCGUUUGCAAACGACGUUGCUUUGGAUCAAUUUUUCCAAGAACUGAAUCGUCUUUCACCUUCAUCGGACGGAAGCCGAAAUGCUGUUCCGCUUUCAAAUUUUAAUUCCCCUGGAGGCAGCAGAGAAACUCCAUCUAAUGGUAUUGGUCUCGAUCUUCCUGUGGGUGAUCCACGCACGAGCAUGAACAAGAGUAUUGAGAAAAGAAAACUUUCAAAAGAUGGUCAAAAAGUAUAUGAGAUGAUCAAUCAAGUAAGCGCAGAUACUAUUUGGGACCAGUUUUUCAAGGGUCCUGUUUAA